UACGGUAUAUGGUACGGUACUUUUCUCUGACGCAUGCGCAGAGAUCUUGUUUUGAUUCUGCGAUGGAUUACUUCGGUGACAUCGCAGAUGUGAGUUUGACAUAUGAGUGUGGUCCUGUAGCCUAUGAUGAUUUUCCAAGAUCAACCGAGCCUGUGUUUAUUUUAGGAGAACAGUACAGUACAUUAUAUGAUCUAGAAGAAAUCCGUGAUGAUGUCAGGUCAAGACUUUGGUUUACCUACAGGAAGGGAUUUCAAUCCAUUGGUGGAACGGGCCCAAGCUCGGACUCGGGCUGGGGUUGUAUGUUACGAUGUGGACAGAUGAUGUUAGCCCAAGCUCUUGUAGUGCGCCAUUUGGGUAGAGGAUGGAGAUGGCAUGGCACAGAUGAAAGAUACAGAAAAAUAUUGGACAUGUUUCAAGAUAAGAAGAGUUCAUAUUACUCCAUACAUCAAAUAGCUUCAAUGGGUGUAUCUGAAGGGAAGAAUGUCGGACAAUGGUUUGGGCCAAAUACUGUUGCACAAGUUUUAAAGAAACUGGUUGUAUAUGAUGACUGGAGCUCUCUAGUAAUACAUGUUGCCAUGGACAACUCUAUUAUACAAGAUGAUAUUAAAUGUUUGUGCAAAUGUAAACAUGGUGAUGAUCGUGAUAAAUGUGAAAUACGCAAGUCAAUGAAAGCAGAAAGUAGAGCAAGAGAACAUGACUUUAUAAAUUAUAGUUCUAGUGACGGUAGUGACACGUCAGUUCACACUGUAACUAGGCCUGAUGUGGACCCUUCUAUAUGGAAACCUUUAUUAUUAAUCAUUCCCCUAAGAUUAGGACUAACUGAUACUAAUGUUGUAUAUGUUGAAAGUUUAAAGAAAUGUUUAAGUUUGAAGCAGAGUGUUGGCAUGAUAGGAGGAAAACCAAAUCAUGCUCAUUGGUUUAUUGGAUUUGUAGGUGAUGAGCUAGUGUAUCUUGAUCCACAUACAACACAGGUGUUUGAGGAACAAGGAGCUAGAGAUGAGUCUUUCCACUGUCAGCAUGCUAGUAGAAUGAAAAUACUCGACCUUGAUCCUUCCAUUGCAUUGGGUUUUUAUUGUGGAACAGAAGCCGAAUUUGACGAUUUGUGUUCAAGUUUACAGAAAUAUGUUACUAGUAGAAAAACAUCUGCAAUGUUCGAGCUGCACAAAGAGCGACCGUUACAUUGGCCCCCAUACGAGCCGUAUACUGCCAGAGUUUCUUUAAAUACAAAAGAGUUUGCUGUUGUAGAGAAACAAUCUUGUGAUAGUGAUGAAGAUUUUGAACUAGUUGGGUAGCUUAUUGCCAAAGAUUUACGUGGGGUAAAAACGAAGACAAUUGUUACGGCGAAAAAUGAACAGUCUCCACUAUUAUUAUCUAGUGUUGAUGUGAUUGAUAUACUGCUAUCAGGUGUUAAGAUAUUAAUAGCUUUGUUUAAUGGAAAACUGUUUGAAUCAUUAUAAACUCCAUUACUCUUAUUUAGUGCUUGCAUGUAUAUAUAUAUUAUAUAUAAGUGCUGGCAUGAAAAAUUUUAUUUGAUGAAAGAAAUAAACGAUCGAGGGAAUCAACCAAGAAACUUCUCUACUGCUUGGUUAUCUAUAUUUAGUGCAUGCUUGAACGAUUUAUUUGAUGAAAGAAAGAAAUUAUCAAGGGGAGUCAAUCAAGAAAAUACAUGUCCUUUGUUGGAAUAUGCCAAGAUUUACUAUAAUCUACAUGUUUAGGUCCAACAAAGAUUUAAGGCGGAAAAAAAUAAACUGAAGAUAUACUAAAGCUAAAAAAAAGGAAUUAAACAGUGUUUUAUUUUAGCUCACUUGUCACAAAGUGACAUGGUGAGCUUUUGUGAUCGCUUUUAGUCCGGCAUCUGUCAGUCUGAAUUACUUUGAACGACAUCUCCUCAUAAACCGCUGAGCCAAUUUCAUUCAAACUUCACAGGAAUGAAUUUUUUUCCAAGCAGAACUCUGGUUGCCAUGUCAACCGAAAGAAAAAACUUAAAAAAUAUCUUGUUUUAGAAAACCGAAAGAACUAGAGCUUAAAUAUUUGGCAUGAAACAUCAUCUAGUAAGUGUCUUCCAAGUUUGUUCAAAUAAAAACCCUGGGGUAAAUUUAGCCGACCCAGGGGGUC